AAUGCUGUCAGAAGGCUAUCUCAGUGGACUUGCCUACUGGAACGACAUCCGCUGGAGUUGCGCAUCAUAUAAGGAGAAAGUGGCUGAGGAAAGGGAAGAGGAAACAAAUUCUGUUGCUGCUCUUUCCUAUUCCUCUGUGGAUGAAACACAAGUCAGAAGACUCUACGUGAGCUGCCAAUCAUCCAGCAAGUUUAUUUCUUCAGUGCAUUCAAGAGAGAGUCAACAUAGCAGAAGUCAGAGAGUCACAGUGCUGCAGACAAACCCCAAUCCUGUGUUUGAAAGCCCAAACUUGGCGGCAGUUGAAAUAUGUAGACACCCCAGCAGAGAGACCUACUUGGUUCCACCUUCCUGCAAGAGUAUUUGCAAGAAUUACAAUGAUUUACAGAUUGCAGGGGGCCAGGUGAUGGCCAUUAAUUCAGUGACAACAGACUUUCCCUCCGAGAGCAGUUUUGAAUAUGGCCCUUUGCUUAAGUCGUCUGAGAUUCCUUUGCCCAUGGAGGAUUCCAUGUCCACUCAGCCUAGCGACUUUCCCCCAAAACCUGUCCAGCGGUAUUCAUCCUACUGGAGAAUAACCAGCAUCAAAGAGAAAAGCAGCCUGCAAAUGCAGAAGCCUAUUUCUAAUGCAGUGCUGAAUGAGUACCUGGAGCAGAAGGUCGUGGAGCUAUAUAAACAGUACAUUAUGGAUGCUGUGUUUCAUGACAGUUCUCCCACCCAGAUUUUGGCAUCUGAACUCAUUAUGGCAAGUGUGGACCAAAUCAGUCUUCAAGUGUCUCGAGAGAAGAACCUAGAGACCUCAAAAGCCAAGGAUAUAGUCAUGAGCCGCCUAUUGCAGUUGGUGUCGACUGAAAUCAGCACCCCUAGUCUCCAUAUAUCUCAAUAUAGCAAUGUAAACCCAUAGAGAGGAUGCUUCCAUUCAUGUCUCUCAUAUACUCAAGUGCAAAGCAACAUUUGAUUCAUUUAUUCUGAGAAUAUGCUGGAGUGGGAGG